CAACCAUUGAAAUAUUUAAUCAUUUAUACAUUGAUAUUUCAUCUAGAGAUUGAAUAAAUAUGAGAUUCGUAGGUUACUGUCUAAUAAAAGAUAAGCUACAAUUUGGAAAAAAAAAUGAUAAUAAUGAUUCGUAGAUUAUGUUCAUUAUAGAUUGUUUUAAUCUGAUGCACAAGUAUAAAAUUGUUCAUAGGUGUGUCUCGUUGUCUGAAUCAGAAAUCUGAUUCAAGACCUUUACAUUUCGUUUCAAAUGCUUGACUUUGAAAACCACUUGGUCAAUGUUUAAUGGUACAGUUUUGUGAUGUAUAACACAUCAAUCAUAUUAAUUCCAUUGGUGAAAACUUUUCACUCUUAACAUAUCUAAACUCCAAUCAUGAAUUUUUAUGGGAACUUUGGGAACAUCUUGACUUAAGUUCAAUUGAAGGGAUUUUAUUAAGGUUGGCAUUAUUUGUGGGCUGUACUUGUUCUUGAUGAAAUCACGGAUGAACACCAUUGAAGAGCAUCAUAUUCUUACAAGAUAGCCGUCCACUUCUCUCUGUUUCUCAAUAAUACCCCAACUGAGAUAAAUUUGUGGAGAAUGUAGCCUACAAAUCAAAUCAUGACCCUCAAAUCUUAUUUAAAUAAAGUGAUAACACAGACUUGUUUGAUUGAACUGUUGAAAUUGAGUAACUAAUAAAUGUUUUGAGUUAAAAUACAACAUAACUAGCGUAAAAAGCAAUCUGUUUAUAUUUUCAAUCUCUGGCCUAACCGAUUCAUGAAUUAUAUUUGUUCAUUUUAUUUAUAAAGUUGAUUAUUCUGUUUUGAUGUACGAUCGCUUGAACAAGUUCACUUAUUUAGAAUGAAUGAAUUAUAAUCAGCAACAGAAUCUACGACGCCUGAUUCGUCUCAUUUGGGACUCGUCAAACGAAUUCCGUGUUGAUAUUUACAUUGAAGUCAGAAUAGAGUACCUUUCAUUUCAAAUGUUCAACUUGUUAUCAACCAAGCUAUUGAUUUCAAGUACACUUUGACUUCUCUCACAGAUUUGGUGCAAUUGAUAGGAGUUUGACAUUGAGGGUUAGAUAGGCCGCCGAAAGCAAGUGUUUUUCAAACCCAUCUCCUAACAUUAUCCCAUGUGGCUUUCGAAAGGUGAAUGUAAAUAAAUCAACAGUUCAAUAUUAGAACUUCUUGUUAACUCUAUUCACAAGGCUUCACCUGAAAUUUCCUUUGAAAUAAUCCAUACGGUUGGAAAAUUUGGUUCGAAAGAAGCCCAAGUUACUAUAUACUAUCUUAGAUACAGAUUCACUGAAAUCUCUCAAAAAGUCGUGACAGGGGAGAAUUCUAUCUUGUUAAGAAUGAGGCAGUAGUCGACUUAUUAAUAUUGAAUGAUCGUCAAACUACAUAUUAAAAACUGUGCGAAACGAGAUUCUGAUUCAGUGAUUUGAAUGGUAACGCUCUAUCCACACAAGGAUUAAAAAUAGUUGCUACUCAUUUUUCUUCAGGUUCAAACAAAGAGGAAACAGCUGUCCAGUGCUUCUUGAUUGUCAUUUUGUUGUUUAACUGUCUUCAUGUAUAAAAAUUGUUUCUCUUUGGCUUGAUUCAUUUACUAUAAUUCCGGUUCUUUAGAACUUUAAUACUCAUCCCUGCAUAUAAAAUUCAGCAUACCAUAAUCAGUCUUGUUUUAUGUGGUCUGAUCAUUAAAAUAACGGUGUCUUUCGUUUAUUCCACCAUAGUUGGAAAUAGUUAGGUAUUUCGAUUUAACUAAAUUGUUUGGUAAAUCGAUCAUCUAUACAGAAAUUUACUUAAUUAUAAAAGAAGUAUGGUUUAAUUUUUUUUCUUCUUUUGAAUGUAAAAUACUCAUGUGUAGGGUUAUAAUGCAUCCAUAAAGUAAUUAGCGGUAAUAUUUUCAUGAUUAUUAAUUUUUAAAGCAGCUUGUAAUCACUGUAAACUAUUUUCACGACUAAUUAUUCGAAGUUAAACCAUCUAAUGUGAUAUGGGACAUUCACUGGAAUGCAAACAUAUUCUACUAAUAAGGUAUAAUCUAAAAGAAUUUUAAUAGAUAACGUGUUAUUGUUUAUUGCAAUUGGUAUUAUCUUCUAGUCCUAGUGUAAAGGUCAAUAUUGUAAGGUGAGUAAAUCCUAAUAUGUAUCGUACAGAGAAAAAAUUACAAGAUACCUAGAUUAUACUAUUUUCCUUAAUCCAAGCAAGUUAACAUCUGAAAAUAAUAUUGAUACGAUUUUCUCAAGAUACAAUAUAUAUCAAUAGAGAGACCAUAAUAUCAACAAUAAGAGAAUUUAACAUUAAAUAUGUUCAUCUUAGGAGACUGAAAUUUUAUACGAUAUUCUUUAUUGUUCAUGUAUAUCUGACUGUCAGUUGUGUUUUCACUUACUGUUACAUUUAUCUAAUGUAAAAAUAUCAAAAACACAUUGGUCUUAUCCAUAGUUUCUAUCCUCUGUAUUAUGUUGAUAAUACUUAAAAAUAACUAAGUAGUAUAACUAUCUGUCAUUGUUAAUAUUUUCUGUUAUCUUGUGUAUUUAUGUAUAUAAACAUAUAAACUUAAACUACUAUAAUCACUUAAAUAGAUUCAGAUUUGUAAUAAUUUCAAUAGUUGAGAUCAUGAGUCAAUUAAAGCUAGACCACCAUGGAAAACCUGGAAGCACUGGACGGCCGUUUCUUCCUAUGGUGGGACUCCUCAGCAGUGCGCAUCUACGAUCGCGCCCGCAUGAUUCGAACCCAAAACCUACCAGUCUCGUGUGCGAGCGCUUAGCCACUAGACCACUGAGAUGACCAGCAUCCAACGGUAUUAAUGUAUAACUUCAGCCAAUCCACGAAAUUGAAUGACACAUCCAACAUCAUCAUCAUCAGUGAGUUCCUGUCUCACAACUGACCCGGUUGAACUCCACUGGUCACUGCUUCUCACUAGAACUCCAGGAUGUACAUCUAGAAGCCAGUCACUAGUGAGUAUAUGUUGAUUAGUAUCAGAAGAGGUUUCGUGGAGAUUGUAGUAAUUUCAGUAGUUAAGAUCAUGAGUCAAUUGAAGCUAAACCACCAUGGAAAACCUGGACCGCCGUUUCGACCUAUUGUGGGACUCCUCAGCAGUUUUUACAUAAUGAAGUUUUAUUAUUAUUUUUUGAUGGUCUAGAAUUUCUUCCUGUGAUAAGAUCCAAAAAAUGAACUAAAAAUAAUAAAACAUUAAGGUAAUUGAAUGAAUUUACGUUUUUUCUAUAUCUGUAAUGGACUAGAUAUAAACAAAGAUUUUUAAAAGCUUUUCGAUAAAAGUGUGGUUUGAAAUUUUUUGGUUGCUUUGACAACUGAGAUAACUAUUUACCUGUGAUAUGGAAGAACUGUUAUAUUGUGUUACAUGCUGACCUAAUUUCUGCUGUAAAGAUUGAAAGUCAGUCAGUUUCACAAAAUCCUGUAACAAGAAUCAUUAUAUGUCGAAGGAUUACUUACUUUUAGAGUCGACUCCCAGAGUUCUGACAAGAAAUCAAUAAGGUUCAACCAAAACUGGAGUGAGAUGAAUAUCAGCGAUGACAAUGGACACAUAAUAUUGCUAAUUGACUAAAGUUACACAUGUACACCAACGAAUAGCGGGUCAGUAGUUUAAAGGUCAGGCACUUGCCGUAAGACUUGAAGGUCUCGGGUUCGAGGCCUGGUUGGCCUGUGGAUACACUUUUCAGAGGAAUGUUAUACUAGAAUGAUACAAAUGUUUAGUGCUUCUCGGUUUUUCUAUGGUGAUCUAACUAAUAUCCAUCCGUGAUAUAAUCCGUGAAAUAUGAAAUAAACCAGUUUAACCUAUAAAGACUCAUUGGUUAGGAAAAGAUUUCAUGUAUCACUUUUCAAAUCUAUAUUAUCAUUUAAAUUCAGAUUACUGAAAUCGUAUUAAAUAAUGUAGCAUAAUAAAUAAGUUUUAUCUUACAAUACUGAAGAAUUGUAUGCUAUCGGAAGCCUUGCUUUUAGUAUAUCACAUUAUUCGGGAAGAUUAACAUUUUCAAUGUAGUUCUAUGAGUUGUUAGAAGUGAGUAUUUUCAAACAGUCUCGGAAAAAUGUUUUCCAAAUGAUAUGUCACAAUACCACUACCAAACAAACCUUAAAAAACCAUUUACUUUUGUAGUUCCAAAAAAUGUACUACGAUUUUCUUAACCAUCUACAGGGUAGUAUAAUCUUGCCUACUUUGGUUCACCUUUUUUCAUUGUUGAAUUUGGUACAUUGGUGCAAUGCUGAUAUAUAGGCCUUAUAUACCUAAAUUCAACCUGGUAUGUAGGUGAAAUGACUAAAAAUAACUAUAUAUGAAUAUACCCCUGAGUUAUUUGGGAUAAGGUUUGAUAAUUUGCAUAACCGGUUCCCACUAAUAACAUGCCUCUUUUCUCAUUUCUCAUUUACUAUUUAGUCCUGAGUUAGCAUAUGAACUCAGAAAUGUAAUAUAUCUGGAUUCACCUAGCCUAUCACCGAUUUAUCGGAUAUUCAUAACAAAUCAUUACUAAAAUACAGAGUAGUCGUUAUGUCUUGUGCACAGCUACUCUGUUGAUAUAUAAUGACGAUUAAUUUGUACAUUAUCCUGUGCUUGAUUCCCAUUCUAAAUAAAAACCUUCAAGUGUACUCACUUUAUUAUCAGUCUAUUCAUGACUAUAAAAGAGUACAAAUUGAGUAGUCCUGAGACUUACGAGUUAACUUCAACUCACAAUAUGUCUAAAAUCCUAUUAUCUAUUGAAUAUUUCAACUGAUAUUUUGAAACUGAUCACUCCUAAUCAAAAACCUCACUAAAAUUUUCUUGUACUACAAUUCCAUGUUGGUAUUGAAGCAUGUCAUCCACUGGUCAGUUGUUUUUUUCAUAACCAUAUGAAAGCUUAUAUCAGCUGCUCGUUCAAGAAAUGCUUUAUAAAUUUCACAGGUUGAAAUCAUGAGUCAGUUGAAGCUAGACCACCACUGAAAACCUGGAAGCACUGGACGGCCGUUUCGUCCUGGUAUGGGACUCCUCAGCAGUGCGCAUCCACGAUCCCACACGACGCGGGGCUCGAACCCAGGACCUACUGGCUUCGCGCGCGAGCACUUAACUACUAGACCAGUGAGCCGGCAUCCAACGGUGUUAAUGAUUUCAACCUGUGAAAUUUCUAAAAAUUCUCCACAAAACCCAUUCUGAUAAAAUGCUUCAUAGUCAUUAAUCCACACGUUUUUUUAAUUCGAUCGAAUUUGUACAUGCUUUUUGUUUCACUCAAAAUGAACGAUUCCUCUUAUAUUAAAGUUAAUAGGUUGACAAACAUAUAAAUAACGUUAAGAUUAGGAUUCUUCACGGGAAAAAGUUUCAUACUGUUUUGUCUUUUUAAUUUAUCCUCUUACCAUAAGGAUUUUCUACCCUAAUUGUUAAUAUCCUUUCUGUGAUUGGAUGUUUAAGGUUGUCUGUUUAAUUCUUUGGUAGGAUACCAAUCCUCUAAUAUGAUCCAAUAGUUAUAUCUAAAAUUAACUUUGUAUGUAACAUUUUUUUUCUUAAAAAUAACAAGACAUUAAACAAAUUGUAUUUUGUGAACAUGUGAUUAUUUUCAUUGAGACAAUGUUAGAUCACUAUUGAAAAUCUGAAGGCACUGGACGGUCGUUUCGUCCUAGUACAGAACUUCUCAGAAAUGCACAUUCAGCAAUUUGAGUAUCGCGUAUGAACACUUAACCUACAGACCACUGAGCCUUUAUCUAACGUUGUUAAUUGGUUAACUAUAACCGAUACAAGAUAUUGUACGACCAUCUUUCAUUGUCUUCGAUGGGUAACUGCUUCACACCAGAUACGGUUAAACUAUAUGGGUUACAACUUUUCAGUGGAACUCCGAGAAUUUAAUCUCAAAGCUAGUUACUAGCACUGAAAUUCUUAUCUAAUCAACAUUCAAUAUCAAUGAUAUAAUGAAUCUAAUAGAAAUUUAGAGAGAAAAAAAGGACUGUUCAUUUCAUUCAAAAACAAUUAUUCAUUACAUUUAAUUAUUAUUAGUAGUAGUCCAACUUCAAAUCAAACAAUGAACCAAUAAAAAUACGGUUUUUUUAUUUAUUAGAAAAAACAAAAGAUAAAAGAAAAAUCAUCCAAUUAAUGUGUAUCUACUAGUAUCUACUACACUUAUUUUACUAUACAUAUAUAACUAUUUUCAAAGUUCAAUACACUCAGUAACUAAUGAUACCUUAUAACUAAUACUACAUAUAUAUGUACUCGAGUUAAACAAUGAUUUGUAACUAUCAUGUUUAUUUUGAUCAUUUUUAUUCUUGUUCAUUGAAUAUGAUGAUAUCAAUAAUUAGUAUUUCAUUGGAAUCAUUAAAAUCAUGUUAAUAACAUUUAUUACAUAAUUCAUUGAAAUCUAUGAUUACAUAAUCAUUUUCAAUUAUGAUCUUAUUGAAUGGAAUCAAUUUAUCAACCAAUUCAAUGAUUUAUCAAUAUUUAUUAAUGAUCAUUAUUAUUAUUCUAUUUAUAAUUACAAAUAAUUGUGGAUCAGUUCAAAAUAAUACAAAUAAUAAUAUGACUAGUGAUUACAAUACUACUAACAUGAAUACUACUGUUAUGAAUAAUAAUAAUAAUAAUAAUAAUUUAAGUACAGGUGGAAUAAUCGGAAUAAUCAUUGGUUUGGUUAUUAUUACUACAAUAACUAGUAAGCUAAAAAAAAGUAUUUUAUUUGUAUCAUUGUUCAUUUUAUUUAAAUGUUGUUUCAACAGUUCAGAUCAUGAGUCAAUUGAAGCUAGACCACCAUGGAAAACCUGGAAGCAGUGGACGGCCGUUUCGUGGGACUCCUCAGCAGUGAGUAUCCACGACCCCGCCUCGUGGGAUUCGAACCCAGGAGCUAUCAGUCUCGCGCCAGGCGCUUAACCAACUAGACCACUGAGCUGGCCGGCAUCCGACGGUGUUAAUGUUUAACUUCAAUUAAUCCACGAAAUUGAGAGACACAUCCACCGUCUAUUGGUGGUCUAGCUUCAAUUGACUCAUGAUCUCAACUGUUGAAAUUACUACAAUCUCCACAAAACCCUUUCUGAUACUAAAUGGUGUUUAAUGAAUAGUAUCACUUCUUAGUAAAUUUCUUAAUACAUAUCUCAACUCACUUUAAAUGAUGAAUUUUCAUUACUCUAUCAAUUAAUUUGCACUUUAUGCUUAACUUUACUAUUGAUCCUAUAAUACUUGAAUAAUACUUUGAAGAUAUUUUUGAUUAAAUAUAAGUAACUUAUAAAUACGCUAUUAUUCUUAAUAGUUAUUUUAGGCAUCAUCAUAGUAAAUAGAAUGAACUGUUGAGUAGUUAACUUGUCCUAUAGUUAGUAGACAGAUAGUUCGCUUAAGCCAAUAUUCAGAUCAUAUUCUGUGUACUGUUUAUUUAUGUGUAACUUAUAAAGGUGUUUCCUUCACACAACCAGCAUAACAGCGAUGUUGCCUUUCUACAAGGAAGGGUGAGGUUAGAAAAGGUCGACCCUAAAAAUGCACACCCCACCCUAUCCCCCGGUGGUAACGUCUGAACAAGUACGGAGUUAACAUGAACAUUACUCACAAAAAGGUCAUUUGUAACCGGCCUCAAGCAGUUGUCCAAUGGACACCACGGUCACUAUGAACACCUCUAAUCAAAUUUCCUUUUCAGGUACCUCUAGAAAAAUCCUUUCACGGUUUGGACAACCAGGAGAUGAAAACGACUCUGAUACCUCUAACAGCAUUCAAGAUCACUGUAUUCAUAACCAAUCUCUCUCUUCAAAUCUUAUUAUUCCUCCUACCUCGAUUUUCAACUGUAAACUUCCUUUUUUGACUUCCUUUUCAAGUGUCACCAUGGCCAACGAUUCUAGUGCGUGAAACACUGUCUCAGGUCUACGGAAAGCUUGCCCUCAAAUAAACAUUAAAGCCUUCAACGUACGCACCCUAUGCCAAAUUGACCAGCAGGACUCAUUAGCUAAAAACCUAGAAUCUUAUAUCAUUGAUGUAUGCUGUGUCACCAAAGCACGCAUACAGGAUCCUAGCGCGGUAAGUCACUUGCCAUCACCUCGCCAAAACUGAGGGACGACGAGAUACACCCUCCGUUUAUCUGGCCACCCGAUGACUAGUUCUCAUGGACUGGCAGGUGUAGGCAUAGCACUAGGUACGAGGGAAGAUUAAGCACGAUGAGAAUAGAUCCCUGUUAUCAGUCGCCUGCGUUUUGUUCAGCCAAACGACUCAGUAAGAACUCGGAAGGACAGAGACACACGUCUUUGCCUUUUCGUCGUUUCUGUCUAGGCUCUCAAUGAUUGCAGCCCGGAUGAAGUGAAAGAUGACUUUUACAGGGAGCUUUCUGAACUUCUUCAAAAAUUUAAACACUCGGACAUAGUACUCGUAACGAGUGACUUUAAUGCCCAGGUAGGUAGCUUUAACCAACCAGAAAGACAUUCAGGUGGGUAUUUUGGUAUUUAGGCUCAGAGAAAAGAUAAUGGUGGUCGCCUGCUGCAACUGUGUUCAGACAACCGUCUAUUUCUGAUGAGCACCAAUUUUAAGCAUAAGGGGAAAGACAUCGUGUAGCAUCGCGACCCCCUUGCACCAAACCAGCGAUGGGCUCAAAUAGACCAGAUUGCCAUCAGUCAUGAUUGGAGAGGGCCGAUGGAAGACUGUCUCUAGUUCUGGAAUACACGUUUGGAUUCCGAUCAUGCUCUACUACGAUCUUGCAUUUGAUUUAGCCUUACUGGACGCAGAAAAACCACACUAAUAAGACCCAUUAGAACUGAACUGAUUGACAAGAAAGCCAAAAGUAGAUACUAUGAACAACUGAGGCCAGGCUUAGGUAGUUCUAAAAUCGAGGAUGACCCAGAUGUUGCUUGGAAAGAUAUACGAACAGCUAUGGAAACAGCAGUGACAUAUAUUAGUGAUUUAUACCAAAGGGUUACGAAAAACCAAGUCUAUUACACUGAUGGAUUCUCAUAAACUCAUCCCUCCAGUCUCUGAACACGAUGAAGAGAGUAAACAAAUCAGAUAUAGGUUAACCACAAGUCUAAGGAACGACCGUGAGCAGUGGUGGGCAACGAAAGCAAAAGAGACGGAGAAGGCGGUGGUUGUAGGUAACACAAGAUAGCUCUUCAGACUAAUAAAAGAAACUGGAACUAAGAAGUCAAGUGUAAAUGAGACUGUCUUGGAAAAAGACUACAAUCUUAUCUGCUCUUAGGCCAGACGUUUAGAACGACGGGCGGAACACUAAGGAGUAGUUCAUCUAAUCUAAAACUACCCACCAUUCCCAAACAGCCUGAGUAGAACAUUAAAGUUGGUCCCCCGACUCUAAUUGAAGUUUAAAAAGCUAUAGCUAAUUCGAAACGAGGAAGGGCAGCUUUUCAGAUGGAUUGGCUCCAGAGGUCUCUAAGGAUAGUGGUCCAAUUUUAGCGAUUAGGUUGACCAAUAUUCUAGCUAAAAUCCGGGGACUGAAUGUAAUCCCAUCGGGCUGGUCGCAAUCACUGAUUGUCCCAAUAUGUAAGAACGGGUCAGAACCAUCCUGUGACAACCAUAGAGGGAUUAGUUUGACUAAUAUAGCAUCUAAAAUGCUAGCCUCAAUAAUUAUUGGACGCCUAAAUAUGACUCGUGAACUGCAAACACGAGAAAAUCAGGCUGGCUCCAAACCUGUCCGUACCUGCAUCAACCACAUAUUCACCAUACGUCAGAUCUUAGAAUACAGGCAUGCUUAUCGGCGUCUGACAAUGGUAGUUUUUCUUAACUUAAAAGCAGCUCUUAACUCAGUUGACCGAGAGGUUUUUUGGUAGUAUCUGUCAAUGAAAAUGUACCUCUGAAGUACAUAAACCUUGUAAAUGUUCGUUAUUCGACCACUAUCAGUCGAGUCAGAGCUUAUAGGGAACUGUCAUCUGAUUUUGCAACCUCAAGUGCUGUCCGUCAAGGUUGUCCACUAUCUCCAUUUCUGUUUAAUUUCAUCAUGGACCUACCGCUGGGAAUAACUUUCUCAUCGACUGGAUUUUCAGCAAUUAAUCUCCUACCAGGAGGUCCACUCACCGACACAGAAUAUUCAGAUGACCUAGUCCUGUUUGGUGAAGACGCUAUAGUGCACAGUCUUUUGCUAGCACCCAACAACAAUACCAGGAUGUUUGGAAUGCAUUUCUCUCUCUCUCUAAAUAAAAAUUGUUGCUUCAGGAUUUUGCCAACUCACCUCACCUAUCGCGAAGUUGAGAUAUCCGUCUAUCAAUUUAAGGACCAGUACAUUGCACAGCAUUUCGUCCUAUUCUACUUUACGGCUGAGAAACGUGGUCAUUAGGAGUAGAAGAUACUCGUGAGUUACUAGUAUUUGAUCACAGAUGUUUAAAAGAUAUUACUUGGAUUUGACGGUAUCACCAGGUAAGUAAUAGUCAGGGUAUUAGGAAAUGAUGGUAAAUCAGUUGAUGAGGUUGUAAAUCUUCACCGACUGAAACGGUUGGGCCACAUAAUACGCACGCACAACUACCGAUUACCACAGCGCCUAAUGCUGACUAUUGUAGGGGAUGGUUGGAAGAAAGUUAGGAGCUGCCAAACUAAAAUGUGGCAUUAUUACUUGAAGUUACUAACUUCUAGUCUGAGACAUGUUGGUUGAUGCAAAAUACUUGGUUGGGGUUCGCGUGACCAUCGUAACCAACGGUUGGAGACUGUGUAUAACAUGGCUCAGAAUCUAUCACAAUGGUGUAGGUGUAUACACAUUUCGUCUUCCCUUAAACGGUGUUAUUAUAUUUUGGUGUAUUCGACUACGUCAUUUAUAUUUAAGUCAACGUCAUACUAAAAUGUAUGAUCCAGAUAUGUUUCAAAAUAGUCAAAUUAAAAAUAAUGGAUCAUUACAUUAUUCUAGUACAUCACAUCAACCAAUGAAUUCAUUACAAAAUUCAUUAGCAUCUAUUAAUCAUUUACAAAAAUAUUCAUUACCUAUAGGACAAAUGAUUAGCCCUUAUUAUAAACAACAACAAUUUUUUCAAUCCAAUUUAAAUCAUUCUAAUGAAUAUCAUAAUUCGACUAUAGAGAAUUCAUUAAAACAAUUACCUGAUCAUCAAAUAAAUUCUGAUAUGAAUUUAUAUCUUGGAGAACGAUCAAGUUAUACAAAUAAUUCAUAUUCAUCACAAUCUCCUAAUUGGACUGAUCAGCAUUACUUUAAUACAAAUCAUUUCAAUGGUUCAACAUUAUUCGAUGUUACAUCUCCCAAUUUUCAAUCCUAUAAUAAACCUACAACCGAUAUAAUGUUAACAGAGACGUCAACAACAUUACCAACAAUAAAUGAACCAACUUGUUAUCCAGUUUAUGUUCAUCCAUUACAGUCUACCCUGAAUAAAUAUAGAUCUUCAUCUAGUGAAAAUCUAUCAUCACGACAUCAUAAUUCAAGAAUUAAAUCAAUUGCAUUCAUUACUCAUUUAAGUGCAUUUGGUUUAAAGAAUAAACGACGUUUUUCACAAUUAACAACAAAGAAAUUAAGUAAACUAAAAGAAAAUACUACUAGUCCUAAUGAUAAUUAUAAUAAUAAAUCUGGUCAAUUAAAUCCUUUACCAAUUGCAGAAGCUUAUGAAUCAGGAAGUUAUCAUAAUCAAAAUAUGAUAUCUGAUAAUUUUAAUUUUAAUGCAAUGGAAUCAUUUGAUAAUGAUUACUUUUUAUAUAGUUUACAAACAGCUGUAUUCAAUGGUUUCGUUCCAUCGAAUCCAUUAAAUCAACAAUAUACCUAUCAUGAUUAUUACAGAAUGCCAGGUCAUCAGAUAAUACCAACUACAACCGCAAUAACACCGAUACUUCAUGAAAAGUUCAAUCAAUCAUCAUUUGGUGAAGAUUUAAGUUUAGGCAAUAAUCAAUCAACAACACCAUCAACUGGAUAUUAUUCAUCGAAUAGAAAUUCUAGAGUAUUUUCACCUGAUUACAAUAAUAAUAAUAAUAAUAACAGUAAUCGUUUUAAAUUUCCCCCACCCGGUCCACCAGUUGCUGGUUGGGUUAACCAAUUUAUUAUCAGAGCAAAUACGCUUGAAAAUUCAUUAUCUAAUGUGAAUACAAUAACAUCAUCAACGUCUCCAUUAACAAGCAUAAUAUCGUUGAAUGAAAGGCGAGCACAUCAGUUGCAACAACAACAACAGAAAAACGCUUCUUUCUCUUCAUCAUUACAUAAUACACCAUUAAAUCAUUCACCAAUCACAGCGAUUGAUAUUAUUGGUUUAUCAAGUCCGAUUACUAUACCAAGUAGAUCCAUUUCAUCUGUACCACCAUCUCCACAACACAUUCCAUUUGAUUUUAUUCAUUCUUCUCGUUCAUUGGGUUUAACUUCAUCGAGUGUAAUUCCAAGAAGAAAUAAUUCAAUAACAAAAUAUCCUAAACAUGAAUUACCAAUAAUAGGAAAAAGAAUAAUCCCUAUUGAAACUGAUAAGUUGCCUGUAUUCACCAAACUUGAUUUUCCAGAAUUCCCAAAUGAUUCACUUACUGUAUUAAAAAAUAAUUUCAUAAAACCUGAAAAUAAUAUCUUAUUACAUAAUUUAAAAGAUAAUAAUAAUAAUACUACUAAUACACAGAAUAAUAAUAAUAAUAUGUCACAACAACAAUAUCUAAGUCCAUUAAAUUGUUCUGAUCCACAACAUAGUGAUAGUGGUUAUAAUGAUUCAUUAAUUAUUCCUGAUCAAAAAUUAUCAUCAUUAUUAUUAUUAUCUUCAUCAUCUACAUCAUCUUCUAUAGUUCAUUCAUCAAUUGAUUUUCAAUCACCAACAAAUUUAUCACCAUUAUUUCAAUAUGAUACUAUACAUAAUUCAACUGAAUGUAUUUCAAUUACAUCACCUAUAACAACUACAUCAACAAUGAAUUCAAUCUUUUCUGAUACAGUUGAAAUGAUCCAUAAUUAUUCAGUUGUAGAUAAUCAUAUUGAAAAUACUGUCAAUAAUAAUAAUAAUAAUAAUAAAAGUAAUCAAUAUGUUUAUUGUAAAUUAGAACUUCCUUUAUCUGUUACACAAUCUAUACCUGUAUCAUUGUCUUCAGUCACAGCGAUAAUAUCAUCACCAUCAUCAAAAAGAUCAUCAACUAGUUCACGUAGUACUGAACCAAGUUCUGCAAAUAGUACUACUGUUAUAUUACGUGAAAAUUUAGAUGUAAAUCGAAAAUUAUCUUAUCCAACUAUGAAUAAUUUCAAUAGUACUAAUCGUAAUCAAACUAUGUUCCGUUCUCCAAGUGAUCCUGAUAUAUUUUUUUCAUUUUGUGAUGAAUCAAUAAAUAAUAAAUCAACAUUAACACAACAACAAUUUCCUUCAAUUCAUUUAUCAAAUCAUUAUAAACAACAACAACAUCAUCAUCCAACUAGUGUACCAUUAUCACGUACAAAUUAUACAUCGAAUAAUAUGAUGAAAUUAAUGAUGAUGAGUACAUUAUCUGAUUCAUUUAAAUAUCAUCAUCUUAUAAGACAAAAAUCUGAAAGUCAAUUACUUACAGAUCGUCAUGAUUCAUUUGAUGAAAUUUCAUGGGAUUUACAACCAACUCCAUUAUAUUAAAUAAUAAUUUCAUUAUCCUAAUAAUGAACAAUAUUUUUUAUCAGUAAUAAUCAUUUUAUUCAAAUAUAAACAAAAUAUUGAUAAAUAUAUAUAUAUAUUUAUAAAGAUUAUUAUGUACAGUCAUCACCUUGGUAACAACGAGGGGAAUAGAGUAAGCUGCUUUACAUUGUUCAUACUGUGAUAUAUAUAUAUAUAUAUAUAUAUAUAUAUAUAAGCAUAUUUAUUUAUUCAUUACGUCAUUAUUACCAUGAAUAAGAAAGUAUUUCAUAUUCAUAUAUUCCUUGUAGAAUACUGUUUUUCUUUCUCUUUUUGUUCCUCUUAGAUAAAUAAUACCAAAAUGAUUAUCUUGAUUAUUAUGAUGAUUAAAGUGGAUAAAUCAUUUCCUCCCUCAUUAUGUAACUGUUUUGGUUUGUUUUGUUUUUCUUUAUACCAGUUUUUUUCUCUUUGUUUGUUUGUUUAAAUACUCUUCCGAUAUUAUUUCACCGGUACUAUUGCACCCCUUUAAUACAUUAAACUUAUUAUUCAUUAUUUAUUAUAAAUGAUCAUGACAUGAAUAGUUAAGCUUUUAUUUAUGUUAACUUACUAAACGAUAGAUCUAUCCACUUCUAAUUUACCUUAUUUUGUAUGAAUAGAUGAUUUAUUUGUCUAUUUUUUGGGGGGGGGAGGGGGUCUCUCUCUAAACAAUUGUGUGUACGUGUGUGUGUGUGUUAUUUAGCACAAAAUAAACUCAAUAUCACUAUUUUAUUCUAUUAUGUAACCAAAGGUUAUAUUGGUUCUUUGUUCUAGUGUUCAUAUUAAUAUAAUGUCUUGUUUGUUUGUUUUUUUUCGUCUUAUUUUGUUUAAUUUUAACUCAUAUUUUGACGACAACGAUGAUGAUGAUGAUGAUGACGGCAACAACAUUGUCAUUCUUACCGACGUUGUACACUUUCUUUUCCAUGGCUAACUUUCUCUAUGAUAUUUUUCUUUUUUCUUUUCCUUUUUAUCAAUAAUUCAACAUAUGAAAGACAGAAAUGAACAAUUUGAUAUAUCAUUCUUUUAUUCUGCAUUUUUCUAUCAUUAUUACUAUAGAUGUUGUUCUAUUUUCUAUAUUCUGCUCAUCUUUUUUGUUUUUGUUUACUGCUGUAUGUUAUUUAAUUUUUCAUCUGGUCUAUUUCCAAUGAAUAUCAAACUUUCCCAUUAAUACUACUACUACUACUAGUACUACUAUUAUCCCAUGUCUCUUUGUUUGGUCUCGUUAAACACCACUUUUCUAAUUAAAUAUGAAUAAAUGAUGAGCAUACUACUACCACUAUUAUUAUUAUUAUUAUUAUUCAACUAUUGUUGAAUGGGAUUAUAAUAGUGAGGGUUUAUCUCUCCUUUACAUAUUAACAUUCAUAGUUGUGAUGAUGAUAAAUGGAUGGAAGUGAAUUACUUUUUUUCAAACAAAAAAAAAGAAAAGAAAUAAGGGAAUGAAACAUUCGAUAAAAUUAUACCGGAUCGAUAAAUUUACCAAAUAAUUUGAAUGAAUGGAUCAGUGUUAGAUUACCAUCAAAAACUUGGAAGCACUAGAUGGCCGUUUUGUCCUAGUAUGGGACUCUUCAGCAGUGCUCAUCCAGUAUGGUAGAUUAUCAUUUGUGAUGACGGAUUGCCAGAAUUUCUAUAGUUUAAAUCCAGAUGAAACUGAGAUUACUAUUGCUUGCCAUACCUUAACGAUAAUUAAUGUAGACAGAGUUUCGUUCAUUGUUUACCUGACAAAUGAUUGAUCACUAAGUAGUAUCCAAUAUAUGAUCUUUCCCAGUGCUGAUAGAAUUCUAUCGUCUAAGUUGUGAUGCGACAACUAGUGUUCAAGUAAAUCAACAUCUCUCGCAUUAUGUUGAGAUGUAAGGAGUUGGCUGUAAGUAGUCGAUAAGGAAUCCUGAACCUGAGUUUCGUGUUAUUUGGCGCUCGUCAGCAAAGUGUACCUGUAAUUUAAAUGGAACUGAUGCUACCUCGUUGAUUCAGCCCCGUGUCACUAAGCUUUAUAGUCAAAUAUAUUGUUACUUAUAUAUUCGGUUUCCUGUAGUCUAUGUCCAACCACCACCUUAAAUCUCAACAUAAUAAACAGAUUUUUAACGAUUGACUUCAGUGUUAGCGAUUUUGAUGAAAAAUCUGCUGAUUAGUGUCCAAGAAAUACAAGAUUAUUGAAAGCAUUAUGUGACUAUCAAUUUGAUAAUAUUAUUACAGCAUGAAAUAAGAGAGAUUGUUGCUGUUACUUCCUCUACUUGAGUGGGACAGAAUACGGUAUACAACUAUUGGCACUCGAAUAUAUAGAACCCCACAUUCGCAAAUCAAAAGAUGGAGAAAGCAAAGUAAGCGAUUAUUGGGUAAGGGUCAAAAGUGUGCAGAAAAACAAGGGUAUUUGUAGUUUUUAGUAUCAUCUACAACAUCGUUAUAAUUGAGCCAGUCCUCAAAUAGGAAUUUCACACAACCGUCUGAUCACACCAUGCCACGUUAGUAUUCUAGAAGGUUCUCUUAGGUUCUGGUUAGACGAAAUCUCUUCAGCAUCUUUAGAGCAUCUAAAGGUUUCUUCGUCCUUUUCAAAGUCGCUACAAAAAUUGCAUUUAAUGAAAAUCAUGAACCGAUCUAUGCUGAACCACCAUUGAAAACCUGAGAACACUGCACAGUCGUUUUGCCCUAGUACGGGACUCCUUAGAAGUGAGCGUCUACGACCUUGCACGCGAACGCAACCUCCAAACCAUCGAUUCAGCGUUCGUUGGUGCUGAUGUCUAGUACUAGCCAAACCACGACACUGCGCAGAUUGGACUACCAUUUAUUUUUGCAAAUAAAUGAAGUAGAACAAACAUCAAAAUUAAUUUUUGUUCACUGCAUCCACAACAAGUUUACGACAAAUAAUUUUCCUGAUGUUUCACUACAUUAUUAACACAUCAAUAAUAAAUUUAGCCAGAUUAUCAUUAAUCCUCAUUUGACCGUACUCAGUCAUCAAUUUUAAUUGCGUCCGAUUCUAGAAUAAAUACUAAUAAUUCAG